UGGCAGGUCUUUCUUCCACCGAUAAGGGUAAAUUAGGCUUAUAGUUUCCGCAACCACUUGAGUGCGCCCGGUGAAUCAAGUUCGACGAUUGAACUUCUUGCUGUCUUCUCCAUGUCUCUGGUAAACUCUAUCAAUCUCUUGCAAUCUCCUUCCUUUGCAAAUCAUAUCGUUGUUGGAGUGCAAAAAUAUUCUCGUUUAGCAUUGGAUCCAAAUUGCUGCUGGAUAGGAUUCAAGCGGAACGAUGUUUGGAUCAACGAACCCUUUUGGGCAGUCAUCCAGCAGCCCAUUUGGCUCACAACCAGUUUUUGGGCAGACAAACAACAAUCCAUUUGCACCUAAGCCUUUUGGUGGUACAACCCCUUUUGGAUCUCAAACCGGGACUAAUAUUUUUGGUGGCACAUCUACUGGUGUUUUUGGAGCAACCCAGUCCUCUUCGCCUUUAGGUUCCACUCCAGUUUUUGGUGCAUCUUCUCCUGCUUUUGGAAGCACGACACCUACAUUUGGAGCUUCAUCAACUCCUGCAUUUGGCAGUUCAUCCUCAUCAUUUGGCAGUACUUCCAUAUUUGGGCAAAAACCUGCUUUUGGUGCAUUUGGUUCAAGCACUCCCCAAUCAAGUCCUUUUGGAGGCUCCUUUCAGCAAUCUCAACCUGCAUUUGGGAGCAAUGUAUUUGGUUCAUCCACACCGUUUGGAGCACAAAGUCAACCUGCAUUUGGUACUCCUAGCACCCCUACAUUUGGUUCGUCAAGUACCCCUGCUUUUGGUGCAACAAGUACACCGGCAUUUGGAGUUUCAAGUACACCGGCCUUUGGUACAACGGCAAGCCCAACUUUUGGUAGCACGGGCAGUCCCUUUGGUGUUUCAAGUUCCCCUGUCUUUGGUUCAACAACACCAGCGUUUGGUACUUCUACCACACCUGCCUUUGGUGCUACAAGCACCCCUGCGUUUGGUGCUACCACCACUCCCGCAUUUGGCUCUACAACAUCUCAGGCUUUUGGUACUUCAAGUACUCCCUUUAAUUUUGGAUCUGCUCCUGCUUUUGGCCAAUCAACAUCUGCAUUUGGCAGCACUCCUUUCAACACAACACCGUCACCCUUUGGCACUCAAAGUGCUGCAUUUGGUGCCUCAACUUCUACUCCAGCUUUUGGAACCUCUUCUUUUUCAGGUCAACCCCGGGGAUCUAGAGUGGCUCCUUACCAACCGACACCUGAGGCAGAUAGUGGUACACAGACUGCUGGGAAACUAGAGUCAAUUUCAGCAAUGCCAGUGUAUAAAGACAAAAGUCAUGAGGAACUUAGGUUUGAGGAUUACCAGGCGGGAGACAAAGGAGGGCCAGCUCCAGCAGCUCAGUCUACUGGAGGGAUCAACUUUGCUACUUCUGCAUUUGGGACCUCAUCAACUUCCCCAUUUGGUCAGUCAUCCGCCAAUCCAUUUUCAUCCACUACAUCUUCUAGUCCAUUUGCCCCAAAACCUGCAUUUGGGAGUCCAGGGUUUGGAGUCUCAAGUACUCCGGCAUUUAGUUCUUCAGCCUUCGGAGCUUCAACUACGUCAAAUCUGUUUGGGUCAACGUCAUUGACAACUCCUUCUUUAUUUGGUUCAAGUGCUUCCACAUUUGCAGCAAACACCACUCCUUCUCUUUUUGGACAAUCGAGCUCAUCUGCUUUUGGACCUUCAACAUCAAUUUUUGGUUCAACAUCAGCUCAAACAACAAACCCAACAUUUGGUUCUAGCUUAAGUUUCAAUACUCAAUCAUCACCAUUAUUCCAGUCAACUACACCUUCGUUUGGGCAGACUGGAUCAGCGUUUGGACAGACAGGUGCAGCAUUUGGUCAGACUACCUCAUCCUUUGGGCAGAGUACAUCAGCUUUUGGUCAACCAAGUCUAUUUAAUACACCAUCAACUGGUUUUGGUGGGAACUUAUUUCCAAGCACUCCACUGCAAACUACAAGCAAUCAACUGGGAUUUGGUCAAACAACACCCUCUCUUUCAACUCCCUUUCAACCCACUCAGGCCUCCCAGAAUACAGCUUUUGGCUUUGGUAACUUUGGUCAGACACAAGGAGCUGCUGCAAAUAGUUUUGGGACAGCAAAUGCGUUUGGCCAGAGCAAUUUUCUUCAGCCGUCAGCCACCCAAAACGCAUUGGUUUUACAACCAGCUCCUCUGAGUAAUCCUUUUGGAACUUUGCCUGCAAUGCCUCAGAUGUCAAUUGGUCGCACAGGCAAUUCUCCUUCUAUACAGUAUGGGAUUUCUAGCCUGCCUGUUGUAGACAAACCUGCUCCAGUCAGGAUCUCAUCAUUAUUGACUUCUCGUCACCUUUCUCAAAGACGGGUUAGGUUGCCUGCAAGGAAAUAUUAUCCCAAACCUGAAGGGCAAAAGGUGCCGUUCUUUACUGAUGACGAAGAAACAACUAGCACACCAAAAGCAGAUGCUUUCUUUGUUCCCAGGGAGAAUCCAAGAGCUCUGAUAAUUCGUCCAUUGGAGCAGUGGCCUUCUAAAGCAAGUAUGGAGAAACCAUCCCCAACAAAGUACCUAUGUUCUGUAGCUGAAGAGAAUGGCAAAGUCCUUGAAGACACAUCUGCUCCUCUUGCUAAUGGGGUCUGCAAGGGAGAUAAAGAAAAUGGUUUUACUGAGAACGGCAGCAAUAAAGAAACCGUAGCUCUUAAACUGAACCAGAAAACUAGUGUUGUCCAAGAUGGCAAUUCAGGGCAAAAAGGAGGCUCUUCCAUUACUCUUACUGGCCACCGAGCUGGUGAAGCAGCCAUUGUAUAUGAACAUGGGGCUGACAUUGAGGCACUGAUGCCAAAGCUAAGGCAGUCAGAUUAUUACACUGAGCCUCGGAUCCAAGAGCUGGCAGCAAAGGAAAGGGCUGAACCUGGGUUUUGCCGUCGCGUGAAAGAUUUCAUUGUGGGAAGGCAUGGCUUUGGUAGCAUAAAAUUCAUUGGGGAAACAGAUGUACGAAGGCUUGAUCUGGAGUCUAUUGUUCAAUUCAACAAUCGGGAGGUAGAAGUGUACAUGGAUGAGAGCAAAAAACCACCUGUUGGACAAGGUCUUAACAAACCUGCUGAGGUUACACUCCUCAACAUAAAAUGUCAUGACAAGAAGACUGGGCGUCACUUCACUGAUGGGCCAAUAGUUGAGAGGUAUAAAAAGGUGCUUAUAAGUAAGGCAGUGGAUCAAGGUGCUGAAUUUUUGUCCUUUGAUCCAAUCAAAGGAGAAUGGAGGUUUAGGGUCAAACAUUUCAGCAAAUACUGGGUUCGAGAUGAAGAUGAGGAGAGUUGCAUUAGUGUCUGUCUCAGUGAUGCAGAGGAGGUAGAGUUAAUCUCGAACCCAGACGAGGAGUGUUGCACUAUUUUUAAUCUCAGUGAAGCAGAGAAGCUAGAGUUAAUUUUGGAACCAUCUAUCUCAUAGACUUUCAGUGAUUGCAGUGUUGGAAGAACUUAAUAUCAAUUUUUUGGUUUUUUUUCGGGUGAAAUCCAUUGGGGAUGGCCGGACAGGGUACUGAUCCUCAUCGGUAAUGCUUUUGUUGUUGUUGGUCCCUCUCUUCUAUACGCUUUCUUACCAUUUUUCAGCUAUUGGUUUAGGAUUUGUAUCGUUUCUGUACACAAAGAUUUGUGUAUAUUGGACGCUUUUGGUGUGCAUUCAGUUGCAUGUUUCAUUGGAAAAAUAUUUGGUUGUUAGAACUAAAUUUCAAAUGUGUUAUUUUGGUAUCGAAA